AUGGUAGAGACUCGAAGUGCUGUCAAGUUGGCCAACGGAGUCGGGGCUGCUUCGUCUUCCUCUUCAAAUUCUUCUACCACGAACACCAACGGUGGCACCAAAUUGGUCGACCGCAAGAGCCAAAAGACUGAACAAACCCACGAGCCACGUAAGAUGCCUCCAACCUCGUCAAGGAAAGUCAACGUGGAGGGAUCGUCCAACAAUGCAAUCAACGGGGACAUCAAACACUCUGGUCUAUCCACGACGAAAACAGGUAACAGACACCAACCUGCCGUACCGGUAGCCGUCAUUGGUGCAGCAAAUAAUAAGCGAUCAUAUGGCACCCACGACGACGAAGACGACAGAAAGAUGCCGGCCAAAGCGACACAAUCUAUCGCAGCAAAUGUAGGAAUCAACCUGUUUUCAGACAACGAAGGUGAAAACAACGACCAAGAGUCCGUCAUUGCCAUUCCUUCAGAAGACGAUGAUGAUAGUGUUGUAUUAGUACAUCCGUAUCGUCAUUUUGCAACCAAAGAGGAACAAGAAAUGACCGAUGCAAAACUGGCAGCUUCACUUCAGUCGGCGGAAACCAAGGCACGGGACCACCGCAAACAGCAGGAACUGGAUUUCAUGAAAAAGAGUCAUGCGGGUCGAGCUGUUUUGCUAGUGGAGAAAGUCAUUGCUUUGCUGCUAAAACCAGAAUAUGUCAAAGAAGGCAUUGAGCCAUUGGGUCGAGAUGAUGCCGUAUUUCUUGCAGAGCAAUUAUUUGCAAUGCAAGCAGAGCUUCAACAGAAGAAGAUCUCAAGCAAGAAGAGUCAAAAGGAUGACAGUGCUCCCCCAAAAGGUGCACGGAAAAGCAACAAAAAGAAAGCCAUUGCUCCAAACACCAAGGAAAUACCAACACACGUCUCCAUUGGAUACCAUUACACAUCGCAGGUGAAUUUGGAUUCUAUCCGCACGGAUGGGCUCUUGACUAUUGAAGACCGACAAGCUGCCACGCACACAAAUAUGCGAAAUAUUGCUUACUUUGGGAAUGGCAUCUACACUGGAACCAGUAAGUUAAUGUCAGUCAGUCAGAUCCGUAGACGCUCGUGA